GUGCGUAAGUACUUACGUUCACUUAGCAAGUUUUGAAAGUAUGGCCCCAGAAUCAGAAGAUCAACAACUGGCGGGGUCUAUUCCAUUCAAAGAUGAUACUACAUCUCCAGCAGAUGUUCCUGAAUCUACCAUUUUAUGUCUGGAUGAAAAUGGCAAGCUUCUUAGCUCCAAAAAAGCAGUUUAUGUAAAAAUGCCAUAUCCUGCCAAAGUGAAUGAGAGAAGAGAAGACUUAUACCAGGCAAAGUUCCUGACUAAUAAUGAGCAGUGCUGGUUUAUUUCUGAAGGUGCAGUAGAGCACACCGAGUUCAUAUCAGAAAGUUGUGAUACAUCUGGUAGUAGCAGCUCUAUAAUUCUUCCUGCUUCACUUCACACUAAUGCUUCCCAGUGUCAAGAUGAACAUCUCAUAUUUCUAACUGAGGAGCAGCUCAGAAAAGAUGAAGUUUAUGUCAUCACAGAAGCUGGAGACUCCGUUACACUUGAAAUGCUUCGCACCUCAGAAAAUGUGGAUGAGAUGACAGGUUGCAGUGGCACUUCAGGAAUCAUACCUGUGAAGGCAAGCCUUGAAAAGAAGUCUAAAAGUGGCAUGUCUGCUUGCCUUGUAAAGGACCAGAAAAAAAGUACUAUCUUUCGUUCAUUCAAGUGUGAAAUUUGUGCUAAGGCAUUUAGUAGCAAUUAUUCUCUAGGUUGCCAUAUGAGAACCCAUACAAAGGAAACUCCCUACCAUUGUUCUGCUGAGGGUUGCUGCAAGAAGUUCAAGAUGAGUGGAGACUUGGCCAAGCAUUUUAGAUCUCACACAGGUGAACGCCCUUUUGUAUGUGAUGUGUGUGGUCGUGGUUUCAGCACAUGCAAUAAUUUAAAAGUACACAUGAGAACACACACGGGCGAGCGUCCUUAUGCCUGUACUGAGCCCAACUGUGGCAAGAAAUUCUCAUCUGAUACUAAUUUUAAGAACCACAUGAGGAUACAUAGGGGAGAAAAACCUUAUGUUUGUUCAGUUCCUGACUGUGGCAAAAGAUUCACUGAAUACUCUUCUCUGUUCAAGCAUCGUGUAGUGCAUGAAGAUCAGAGAAAAUUUACAUGUCAUUUGUGUUUGCGACAAUAUAGACAAGUGUGCACUCUACGCCAUCACUUGCGAAGCGUUCAUCAUAUCCAAUCCUGCAAUAAUUGUGGUACUUGUGUUCAAUGUGGGAAAAAUAAUAACAAUGCUUGUGAUAUAAAAAAUAUAACUAUCAGUAAAAAUUCUAAUUCUGAAAUAGUAACUGAAAUUACACCUGGAGAACCUGCGCCCCAAGAGCAAAGAUUUUUUCUUGAAGCCGUUGAGUAUUGGCCUGAUGCAGGAGACGAUGGUGCCGGGGUCGCUGAGCAGCCCAUCCUGCUGCUGGCCUCAGACGCGCUGCUGUCUGACCAGGAGGUCACCACCAGCCUCCUGUCUCCUGUCCUGCACGACUCACACUCUCUAUAGUUCGUGGAGGAAGGCAUCAAGACGGAGGUCGUCAUGGACGUCUAGCUUUAUCUUCAUAUUUAUCUUCCUUUUAUGAGUCAUAUUUGCUGUACAUGUUCAUGCUUUCUUUUUAUGUACAAUUUAUAUAUUUAGUAUUG